AUGUGGGAAGGUUUAUUAAAAAAUCUUGAUACAUUAGAGGCUGCAAGAAGUAGGUGUGAUUCAUUAAUCAGUGAUCUUAAGGCCUAUGGUCUUCUGGUUGAAGAUGAAAAGGAAACUGUCAAAAUAAAUGACUUGAUAUGGCACACUGCUUAUUCAAUAGCUCAAAGUCAUCUAAAAGCUUCAAUGAUUUCUAAAGAAUGGCCACCUGAAGAAUGGUUGAGAAGUUUACGCUUCUGCAACAUGACUAUUGAGAGUGGUGCACAGGUUCAUGAAAAGUUGCAGUGUCCAGACAUUCAAGAGAUUAUACUAAGCACUGACAAUCCCUCAAUUCAGGUUCCCAAUUCAUUUUUUGAUGAGACUAAACUUCUGAAAGUAUUAAAACUUAUUGGUUUUGAUUGUUUAAAACUACCUUCUAGUUUUGGUUUGUUAAAGAACCUUCAAGCAUUAUCCAUGUAUAAUUGCGAAUUGGGAGACAUAACUAUAGUUGGUGAACUCACAAACCUACAAAUUCUUGUCCUCCUCGGAAGUAGAAUCCAACAAUUGCCUAGAGAAAUUGGACAGCUUCAGAAGUUGCUAAUCUUGGAUUUAAGAGACACUUAUCUCCAGGUGAUUCCAUCCAAUGUUCUUUCAAACUUAACUAGUUUAGAAGAAUUGUAUUUGAGAAACUCCUUUUGCAAUUGGGAGGUUGAAAGAUCCAACAGUGAAAACAGAAAUGCAAGCUUGAAAGAGCUAACAAACUUGCAUCGCUUGGCAUAUAUAGAAGACUUGUAUGUUCCUGAUCCUGAAGCAUGGCCAAUGGACCUGUACUUUGAAAAAAUGAAAUCGUACACGAUUUUCAUUGGGGAUAGGUGGACUGAGACCCAUAAUGGUGAUCAUGGGUUAAAAGUAUUGAAACUCAAGCUCAACCAACAUUUGCAAUUGGAGGAUGGGAUUGAAAGGAUGGUGAAAAAUGUUGAUGUCUUAUACUUAGAUGAACUGAAUGGUGGUGUCCAAGAUGUUCUGAGUGAUUUGGAUGAGUUUCCCCAUCUACAAUCGCUCUUUGUACAAAACAAUGUUGAAAUCAAAUGCAUAGCCGUGAGUUCUAGUGAUGAUCAUCACAGUGGUGCUUUCUCCAACUUGGAGUCUUUGUCUCUAAACAAUGUAAGCAAUUUAAAGCACAUAUGCCAGGGUCCUCUAAAUGAAAAAUCAUUCUUGAAAAUAAAAGUCAUCAAAGUACAACAAUGCCAUAAUAUAAAAUGUCUCUUCAUAAAGUCAAUGAUCGAAGGUCUUCCUCAUCUUGUUGAUUUAGAAGUUUCAGAGUGCAAACUCAUUGAUGCAAUUGUGGUUGGAGGAAAAGAGAGAAUAGUGUUUCCUCAAUUACGCUCUCUAAGGUUACAAAGACUCCCUGCAUUAUUAUGUUUCUAUAUGCAUUCUUCUUACCGUGGACUAGCACUUUUUGAUGAAAUGAUUUCUUUUCCUAAUUUGGAGAGAAUGGUGAUUUCCAAUAUUAGUGUAAGCCGCCUAUGGGGUUUUCCAUACAGUGAUCAAAAUUCACUUGGGAGGCUAAAGAACCUAUACAUCGAAGAUUUUGAAUUUCCUGAAAUGACUAAAAUGCAUAUUGAAGACUUGCCAUCAUUUAAGGGGUUAUUCAAUAAAGCCAAAGUUGAAUGCUUAUCUUUGGAGAAUGUUGUUGUCAACCACUGCCCCGAAUUGCAUACAUUUGGUUUGGGAAUGAUAGAAAGGUCACAGUUGAAGUCAAUGAUCAUAGACAAUCAAGACCAACUUUACAAUGAUGCCCAAAUUAGUCAACUUUUUCUCUUAUUGGAUGAGAUCUCAACUAUAAGUGAGUUUACUAUUGAUGGGGAUGAGCAAUUAAGCAAAGCAGAGGAAUUAUGCGAACAUAACCCUUUCUUUCUGGCUUACCUUACAAUGUUUAAAGCAAAAAAUUGCAGCAAAGGAAACCGUUUGCUUCUAAUUUUUCGCUACUUGGAAGAGAGGUCACUACUGCUUGAACAUAUCACCAUUGAACACUGCAGAACAGAACCAAUUCUAUUUGACGUGGAGUCUUUUAAUGUCUAUUCCUUGAAGGAAUUGGUAUUAAUUGAAUUACCUGACCUAGUGCACAUAUGGAGUAAUUAUAGAAUCCGUUACAAUUGGUUUGAUAAUUUGAUAAAGAUACACAUCAAGAGAUGCCCCUCUCUAGAGAGAGUCUUUCGUGAGCUCCUUAAAUCGCCCCUCAAACUGAAUGAAUUGAAGAUUCAAGAAUGUGUCAAGUUAACAGAAGUUCUUCCACAUUAUUUUGACUUUAAAUCCCUAGCAUUGAGCAAGGUGGAGCUUAUGACCCUCCCAGAAUUAUUCAUGUUCAGUGAGUAUGAUAUUCCAAAUUUGACAAAACUCACUAUAAGUCAUUGUAACUCAAUGGAAAUGAUAUUCCGCAUCAGAGAGGGAAUAUCAUAUCCUACAGAGCUUUUGCAGCAGCUAACUGAAUUGACUUUAAUUAACUUACCCAAUUUGACUCACAUCGUCAACAAAGAAAUGGAAGAGAAUAAGACCUCAUUUCCUCAGUUGAAGUAUGUUUCUCUUGAAAAUCUAACAAAGCUUACAACUGUAUUUCCUUCUACAUCUCAAUUUCCAUCCUUGGAAACAUUGAUAAUCACAAAUUGUCCUGCUCUCAUCACUUUUCUUGAUGACUCCAAUGAGAAGGAUCUCCCAGAACCUGCUACCUCAAACUAUUUCUUCCCAAAUUCUCUGUCAUUGAACAAGUUGAAAGUACUUUGUAUAAUAAACCAGGAUGUUGAGAAACUCUGGCACUACAAUAGCCCUCAAGAAUCAUUUUGUGAAUUGGAAAAUCUAACUUUGAGGAACAACAAAUUGUUGAAUGUCAUCUCUUCCAACAUGAUCAAAAGAUAUGACAAACUAAGAUUUAUGACUGUGGAUAAAUGUGUAUUUAUGACAGAGAUAUUUCACAUUGAAGAUGACAAGCAAAAUCAGAACAUUCAAGAGAUGUUUCCUCAACUGAGAUGGGAAAAUCUAACUUUGAGCAACAACAACUUGCUGAGAGGCACUUCUUCUUAUAUGAUCACAAGAUACACCAAUCUAAUAAAUUUGACUGUGGACAAAUGUGAGUUAUUAACUGAGGUAUUUUACCUUGAUGAUGACAAACAAGAUGAGAAUAUCAAAGAAAUGCUUCCUCAACUAAGGGCAUUAACAUUGAGCAACCUAAAGAGUUUGACAUAUUUAUGGAACAAGGAACCUCAAGUUCCCUUUUUUCCAAAUUUGGUGUCACUCAACAUUGUCAAUUGUGGUAGCCUCAAGAGUUUAUUCUCAUGUUCUGCUACCAAAAACCUUGGUAAGCUGAAAUUACUUAAAUUGUGUAAGUGUGAGAAAAUAGAGAAGAUAUUAUCAGAAGAUAAAGAAGAAAAUGUAUCCAUCAUUUUUCCUGAAGUAGAGUGUCUUAUACUCAAAGACCUUCCAAAGUUAAUUAGUUUCUGCCAGCAGAGUAGAACUAUUGAUUGGCCAAAAUUACAAAAAGUGAGUGUGAGCAACAUUCCAAUUAUGAAGACCUUUUCAGGAGGUCAAGUCAAUACACCAUUGUUAAGAUCAGUUUAUAUAACAUUCCUUGAGAAAUAUUGGCUUGGGAAUUUGAACAAGACCAUAUCAUAUAUCCAUCAUAACGCAGGUAUGUAA